AAGCCCGCCUGCCUCUGGAGUUUGCUUUAUUCUUGCCAAAGCUGGACCCUCGAUGCAUUUUUCUCGUUUUGCUUUUCGCAGGAGGGCUUGGCAUCUAAAGUGAUUGGUCCCAUUCUUUAACGAGAAUCCCCUCCUCCAUCGUCCGUCUCAUAUAUCCACCUCGGUGUUCCACGGGAUUUUUCUUUUCUUUCAAAGAAGGGAACGAAGGGAAAGAAAGAGCAGCGCUCAUGACGAUUGGGUCUGGAGGAUCUAGCGUUGUGGUACCUCGAAAUUUCAGAUUGCUGGAGGAGUUGGAGCGUGGAGAAAAAGGCAUUGGUGAUAGAACAGUUAGCUACGGAAUGGAUGAUGGAGAUGACAUUUACAUGCGGUCCUGGACGGGUACCAUAAUUGGUCCCCACAAUUCUGUACAUGAGGGACGUAUCUAUCAAUUGAAACUAUUUUGUGACAAGGACUACCCAGAAAAGCCCCCAAGUGUCAGGUUCUACUCACGAAUUAAUUUGACAUGCGUGAAUCAUGAGACUGGAGUGGUUGAGCCAAAGAAGUUUGGGAUGUUGGCAAACUGGCAGCGGCAGUACACAAUGGAGGACAUACUGACGCAGCUUAAAAAAGAGAUGGCAUCUCCACACAACCGGAAAUCGGUUCAGCCACCGGAGGGAACGUUCUUCUAGCAACAGCUGGUACUGUAUCUGCCACAGUUCCAUUAUCUAAAUGCCCAUGUCCGCAAACACGGAAAGGCUUUUCACACUGAUUUCUUCUCUCUCGUAGGCCUUUGUUACUUGCUGGAGAAUUGCUGUCUUGGGUUUUAUAUUUAAAAUGACUUGAAACAUAAUGUUAAAUAUAUUGCAACUGUAAAUAGUUCUGGUUACUGUUUC